AUGGUUUCAACACAAGUUGAGCGUGUCCUUGCUGGGUAUAAUUGCACAUUGUUUGCUUAUGGACAGACUGGCACCGGGAAAACGUACACGAUGGAAGGAGGAUCUGGCGAAAAUGGCUCAUACAAGGAUGAUCCAACCACGGGAAUUAUACCACGUGCUGUCGAGCAUAUCUUCGAAGAA